GUUUGCUGUUUGCUGUUGACGGCUGUACUGCGUUUGAGCUCCGUCACUAUAUUCUUUUCAUUGACUAUUUUUAACUUAAAAAUCAAUUUUAUACAUCAUUGUUUCCGUUUAUAUAACGCGUGAAUAUAUCCUCUAUUGUAUUCUACAACAAAAACAAUCAGAGCGCCUCGCUAUCACUAGUUUUAUUUUGAUCUCCCGGGUCCGCUAUUAGCUUUUAGCCAGUUAGCAUCAGCAAGCGUGUUUGCUGCUAACUGCGCUUAAAUUGCUAAUACUCUAUUCUCACACAUUACCACUGCUGUACUCACUGUUACUUGCUUUAAUGGCGGAUGAAUGUCUCCACUCUGUGCAGCUCGAGCUCGAGGCCGUGGGGAAGCAGAUUCGCGACCUGGAACAGAGGCAGGCCAAGCUGAGAGAGCGGAGAGCCGCGCUGGAAUCAUCCCGGGCUGACGCUCACAAGUCCGGGGUAAGUAUACAGCGUGCUGUUAACGGUCCCACCACGUCUACUCCGUGUGUUUCUCUGCGCAGGCCCGGUGCACCCAGGACGCGAUCUUCCCAGAUGUCCUUCACUGCGACGCCGGGACACCACGGACCCUGGGUGCAUCCACAGCGGAGGACGCGAGCCGGGUCCCGGGCGACUACUUCUCCCCCUCCUGCCUUCGAGCUCUCCAUCCAGAACCGCUUCGCUCCCCUCCGCGAGACAGGACGCGACGCUGUGAUCAUCGGAGACUCCAUCGUCCGACACGUAAGUGCUACGUUAGCCGAAGGUAAAGUGCACACUCAUUGUUUGCCUGGUGCUCGUGUUCUCGAUGUUUCUGCGCAGAUACCCGCGAUCCUGAAGGACGGCGAGAGCCCCAGAGCGGUCGUGCUUCACGCCGGGGUUAACGACACCACGCUGCGGCAGACGGAGACGCUGAAGAGGGACUUCAGGAGCCUGAUCGAGACGGUUCGCAGCACGACGCCCGCGGCGACGAUCGUCGUGUCAGGACCACUGCCCACGUAUCGACGAGGACACGAAAGGUUCAGUAGACUUUUUGCUUUAAAUGAAUGGUUGUUGUCAUGGUGUAAAGAACAGAAACUGCUAUUUGUUAAUAACUGGAAUCUUUUCUGGGAGCGUCCUAGACUGUUUCGCGCUGAUGGAUUACACCCCAGCAAAAUUGGAGCGGAGCUUCUCUCUGACAACAUCUCCAGGACACUUCGCUCCAUGUGACUAGAUUUAAACAAGCUCCAGUCUGGAUCCAGAACACCUGAGAAGAGAUGAUGCUGACCCUCAGAGGACCCCAGAUGAUGCUAACCUUGAAUCAACAAACAGAACUAACAAUUAUUGCUAAAUGUGUGACUGAAUCAUAUAAUAACUUAAUAAUAUUGAUAGUUCAUCGUCUAGCUGACUACGUCUUGUAUUAUUAUUAUUAUUUUUUCUAAAAUCCUGUCAAAUGUGCACAAACUACUAGCUACUACUAAAUAUUGUAGAAACAUAAUUUUCUGUAAAGUUGCUUUGUAACGAUUUAUUUUGUAAAAAGCGCUAUACAAAUAAACUUGAAUUGAAUUGAA